AUGGCCGCGGACUUAAAGGAGCUCGUGCAUAACGUCGUCGAGGCGAACUCGCAAGACCUGUGGCAACUGAGUCGUUUCGUAUGGGAGCAUCCCGAGCUGGCUCUGAACGAGGUGCAAUGCCACGACUGGCUUACAGGCUUCUUGGAACAACGUGGCUUCCACGUGACGCGUAAUUAUCUCCUGGACACAGCGUUCAAGGCGGAGUUUCACGCUCCUGGCGGGGCAGAAGGGCCCUGCAUAGCACUGCUGUGCGAAUUUGACGCCUUGCCCGACAUUGGUCACGCCUGCGGACAUAACCUGAUCGCCGAGGCCUCCGUGGGUGCGGCGCUUGCCGUGCAGGCGGCGAUGAAGACUCAUCGCGACAUUCGUGGCAAAGUGGUUGUUCUCGGCACACCUGCGGAGGAGAGUCACUGCGGUAAGGAGCUGCUGAUACGAAAGGGCGCCCUGGCGGGAAUCGACGCAGCACUCAUGUCUCACCCAUUUCCAGUGGACAUCUUGACGGCUGCCUUUGCAGCGACAGAUCAGCUUGUGGUCCGCUUCAAAGGUAAAGCAGCUCACGCAGCCGCGUCGCCGUGGGAAGGAGUGAACGCCCUGGACGCUGCCGUCGCUUCGUACGUCAACAUCGGCCUGCUUCGGCAGCAGCUGAAGCCGACCACUCGGGUGCAUGGCGUCAUCACUAAUGGCGGCAGGUACCCCAACGUCAUUCCCGAGGAGGCGGAGAUGAGCUACUUCGUCCGGGCUCCGAGCACCGAAGAGCUGGUCGAGCUCAAGCGAAGGGUCGAGGCCUGCUUCCAGGCUGCAGCCGAAGCCACGGGCUGCACGGCACACCUGGACAGGCGCUCGACGUACAUGCACGUGGUGCACAACGACGCCAUGGCGAGAGCGUACCGGAAGCACGCCCACGCGCUCGGCGUGUCCUUCGUCGAUGACGUCGUUACGAACCUGCCGCCGUCGGGAGCAGCCACGGACUGCGGCAACGUGUCCCACCGCGUGCCCACCAUCCACCCGCUGUUCGGCGUCCCCAGCGCCCAGGGAGCGGCCAAUCACACGCGGGAGUUCGCUACCGUGGCCAACGCUGCGGAUUCGCAGCCUCCCACCCUGCGAUCCGCCAAGGCCCUGGCCUUGACGGCGCUCGACCUGCUCAGAGACGCGGAGUUGUUACGCGAAGCGAAGAGGGAGUUCACCGCGCAGCGACUGCCGCCGGAAGAAGAGAUGCGAAUCAUGCUUUCGCAGAGCGACCCUAAAUGACGACAUUCGCGAACUAAAAUACACAAGCUGCAAGUUCAGAAAAACAAAGUUUACAACCCUUAUUAUAAUUACACCUGCACCGCUGUUUUCAUAUUCAAUAAUGCAGUAUG